CCAAAGGAGAAGGAGCUCAAGUAUGUUUUAAUAAUUUAUAAUUAUUUCAUACUCUUUUAUUUAAAAUUUUUGUUGUCUUAUGUUUUCGUGUUAUUUCCAGAUUACUAAAAAUGAAGAACCACAUACACCUUUUGUUGUUGUUUCCCCUGAUUUGAAGAGCACAACUGAAAAGGCCAAAUUGUCUACUGAGAAUAUGGUUGAUUUAGAGAAAAGGGAGCCCAAACCUUCUGCGAUCUUUCAAUCCCCUUUUGUUACUGAUUUUGGUUCAUCAGAACCUGUACCAGUAGGGAAAAGGAAGAAUUUAGAGAUUGUGAAGGGAAUCAUUCCCUUUCGUAAGGAGAUUGGGAAGAAUGCUACUACUGAAGAAACACAAGCAUACAACGACUGGUAUUUUGAGGGUUAUAAACCUAACACUAAAAAUAAGUUCGUGGCUGACGCUAAUGACAUUGAUUUUGAUUUUGGGAUCAUGCACAUCAAAAAAAAAUAUUGGUUUUACCAACUUCAAACUUGUGGUCAAUUUUUGUCUGAUUCUCAUAUCGAUGUUAUUAUGUAUUAUCUUAGGAAAAAGAUCAUGCACAGUGGUACUAUCAACUUAUUAGUUACGACUACUGAUUCAAUUUUCUAUAAAGUUGUUAGAACUACUUAUGAGAGUUACUUAGCCAACGGCAACAAUGUGAUCAACCAGGAAAGCAUUAUUGCAAAAUACAUGUCUGGACAAUCAUUAUCAUGUAGUGUUCCAUGGUAUUACCUUGAUCAUGUUGCGAUUCCAGCUCAUGUUACAGAUGAAGUGCAUUAUAUUCUUGCACAUUUCAAUAUUAGAGAGAGGUGCUUGGUGGUGUAUAAUUCUAUGACUCCGAGACGGAAUAAGAAACCUGUUGAGAAAACUGUUACGGCAUUCUCUGUGUUGAUUCCUUUGUUUAUGGAGUGUAUUGGCUUCUAUAAUACGAGGGCAGACAUAGACUUCAAUCAAGGUCCAUAUGCAGUUGCAAGGUCUCAUCCUUUGGCUAUAAAGUUUGCAAAAGGUGUUCCUCAACAAGAAGAUUGUGACUGUGGUGCAUUUGUGAUUGCUUUUGCUGAUCACAUAAUUCAUGACACCAUAAAUGGCAUAUCUCCUAAACUCAACAUUGCCAAUUAUCGUGAUGACCUUGCUGUUUGUCUUUACCAUCAUGCUAAAAAGAAGCAAGAGGAUGGGUACAAGACUGAUGUAGAGGAACCUGAAAAGCCUGAGAAAACGAAGAAGAAGACUGAUGUAGAGGAACCUGAAAAGCCCGAGAAGGAAAAGAAGAAGAAUGAUGCAGAGGCACCUGAAAAGACUGAGAAGAAGAAAAAGAAGGAUGUUGAAGAGGCACCUAGAAAACUUGAGAAGAAGAAAAGGAAGGUUGUUCAAGAGGCACCUGAAAAACCCGAGAAGAAAAAGAUGUAGUAGUUUUAUAUUUUUUGUGUGAACAUAAAUUGAGUUCUUAUUCUUAAUGUCUCAGGCAGGCUCUUUGAGAUUUCA